AUGACUGGCAAGACAGAAUCCAGCGUCCUUGGGGAGCUCAAAGAAAAAAUUCUUGAACAAAAGGCCGAGAUCGAAAAACUAAAACAGCAGCUGAAAGGGCCAGCAAAGUCGUCGGGAGGCCAUGGCGGCCAUGGAGGAGGAGAUGUCAGUGAGGAAGACAUUGCAAACUAUUUGGAUGAACCGUUCUAUACUACAAGUUUGAAGCGAGUUGGAUGGCUUGGCAUCUUUCUUGCUUCUUUAUCUUUCACAGCAAUUAUCAUGAACAGUUUUGAACAUACACUGGAGAAACACAUUGAGCUCUCAUAUUUCGUUCCGCUACUGGCUGGUCAUGGAGGAAAUACCGGAGGACAAACAAUCGGCACACUUUUAUCAGCUCUGAGUGCAGGAACUGUGCAACCAAAGCACGCCGCGAAAGUCAUUUUUAAGGAAGCGCUUGCUGGGGUGUUGUCGGGAAUGAUUCUGGGGGUUAUUGUAGGCCCUGUGGCCUACAAGCUCAUGGGCAUCUCCUAUCACGUCACAACAGUACUUUUCCUCACAAUGCCCCUUUUGUCCACGGUUGCCGCUACUCUGGGAGCGACAAUUCCGUUUGUGUGUAUCUGGUUCGGUCUGGACCCAAGUGUUAUCGCCGCUCCGGCAAUGACGAGUCUGGUUGAUGUCUCUGGUCUAUUAGGAUAUUUUGUCAUCGCAAACCAAGUUUUCAAACUCUAUGGACUAGAAUUCUAG